AUGUAUGCGGUGACUAUUAGUGAUGAGGGUGACCGUUAUCGGUGUUUCCCGCCCGACCCGGGCAUUGGUACUGCUGCUCUAGGUGCUGGUGAGGCUGCUGCUCUAGGUGCCAGUGCGUCCGCGCCCUCAGGUGCUGGUGAGUCUGCGCUCUCAGACUCCACUGUCCUCCCGUGUCCGGCGGCCCCCUCUGGCACCCUGUCUGGUCUUUACCUCCCCUCGUUCUCUACGAACUUGGUGAGUGAUGCUGACCUACAGGAUGCGGGGGUUCACCAGUUCACUCCUGCGAGUCAGCGGGUGACCCACUGCACGGACGCUCGGACAGGCCGACACCUGGCCACGUUUACACGUCGGCCAGGGUCGAGCCUGUACACACUGACCAUUGCGUCUCCUCCAGUCCCUGCGUCUGGUCAGGUAGCUGCGUCGGGUCAGGUGUUUGCUGCAGCGUCCAGGUCUAAUCCUGAGUCUGCCCCCUGCUCGUGUCGCCUCCUGUCUCACGCGACUCUCCUCUGGCACCGCCGUCUUUGUCAACCCUCCCUGCCUUGUCUCCGAGGCAUGGCUUCCCGUGUCCUUGUCUUUGGUCUUCCCCGGUCCCUCCCUCCCCUUCCUCCGGGGCCUGGUCCUUCCUGUGUCCCCUGUGUCGAGGGGCGGCUCCAAGCUGCCCCUCACUCCUCUCAGUUUCCCCCGACAGAGGCCCCGCUGCAGACGCUUCACAUGGACGUGUGGGGCCCAGCCCGCGUCCGUGGACAGGGUCACGAGCGCUACUUCCUGCUGGUGGUUGAUGACUACUCGCGUUACACCUCAGUCUUCCCCUUGCGCAGUAAGGGUGAUGUCACUGAGGUGUUGAUCGACUGGAUCCGCGCAGCUAGUCUUCAGCUCAGGAGGAGCUUCGGCUCGGACUUUCCUAUUCAGCGUCUGCACUCUGACCGAGGCGGAGAGUUCUCCUCUGGCCUUCUGCGAGCCUACUGUCGUGCGCGAGGCAUCCGCCAGACCUUUACGCUACCGGACUCUCCACAGCGAAAUGGGAUUGCUGAGCGCCGCAUUGGCAUGGUCAUGGACGUCGCUCGUACGUCCAUGAUGCAUGCGGCUGCCCCCCAUUUUCUGUGGCCGUUUGCGGUUCGGUACGCGGCGCAUCAGAUCAACCUUCACCCCAGGGUCUCCAGGCCGGAGACCUCCCCAGCCUUGCUGUGGACGGGGAAGAUCGGCGAUGCGUCUGCGUUCCGUGUCUGGGGAUCUCGAGCUUUUGUCCGCGACUUGUCUGCGGACAAGCUGUCCUCUCGUGCUGCUCCCUGUGUCUUCCUUGGCUUCCCCCCUGACGCCCCUGGGUGGCAAUUCUACCACCCCACCUCUCGUCGUGUUCUGUCCUCCUAG